AUGGACGGGCGUUGCUUUAUACUACUGCUCUUCUGUUACAGUGUGAUGUGUGAUGAUUGUGAAAUAUUUAACUUUGAAGAAGGUUUUAAUGACUCUUUAAAUAAUGAAACCGACGUGUGUUCUGAUACUUCUAUGUGGCAUUUAGGGAGCUAUGACGAUAUCCAUGUUCAGCCUCCAAACCCUAAUUCUUCGAUGUUUAUGUAUGUAAAUGGGACCAACUGUGCGUCGUCUUUUACUUUCUCAUUGUCAGAUUCUGGAAUUAUCGAAGUCAAUGCUUAUUUGGAUUUACAAGAUGACAGUGCCUUUUUGUCAAUCUUUGUACAACAGAUAGUGGAAGGUGGUAACGAUGUAACGGUUAGGAAUACGUUCAUUACCAGGAAUACAGUGGGUUUCGAGAACGGUUGGAGAAAAGAGGAUAUUAGCCUUUUUGGUGUCGAUUCGUUUAUGGGUUACAUAACUCUACUUGGAACGGCUGCGGCUGAAACGAUUAUAUUGGUCGAUUCGAUUCGAUAUAUACCACCAGGAGUACCUGAAGAAGACUGUCCUGUAUAUGAAGAUCCAGUCACAGAAACACCAUCCACUGAACCACCUACUACACCAUCCACGGAACCACCUACUACACCAUCGACUGAACCAUCUACUACACCAUCCACUGAACCAUCCACUGAACCAUCUACUGAACCAUCCACUGAACCAUCUACUGAACCGUCCACAGUACCAUCCACUGAAAUAUCUACUACACCAUCAACUGAACUACCUACUACACCAUCCACAGAACCAUCUACUACACCAUCCACUGAACCACCUACUACACCAUCCACUCAACCACCCACUACACCAUCCACUGAACCACCUACUACACCGUCCACUGAACCACCUACUACCCCAUCCACGGAACCAUCCACUGAACCAUCGACUGAACCAUCUACUACACCAUCCACUGAACCAUCCACUGUACCAUCCACUGAACCAUCCACUGAACCAUCCACUGAACCAUCUACUGAACCAUCCACUGAACCAUCUACUGAACCGUCCACAGUACCAUCCACUGAAAUAUCUACUACACCAUCCACUGAACCACCUAAUACACCAUCCACUCAACCACCCACUACACCAUCCACUGAACCACCUACUACACCGUCCACUGAACCACCAACUACACCAUCCACGGAACCAUCCACUGAACCAGCGACUGAACCAUCUACUACGCCAUCUACUGAACCGUCCACGGUACCAUCUACUGAACCAUCUACUACACCAUCCACCGAGCCGUCGACGGAACCAUCCACUGAACCAUCUACAGAACCGUCCACGGUACCAUCCACUGAACCAUCUACUACACCAUCACCUGAACCGUCCACGGUACCAUCCACUGAACCAUCUACUACACCAUCCACUGAGCCGUCCACGGAACCAUCUACUGAACCAUCUACUGAACCAUCUACUGAACCGUCCACGGUACCAUCCACUGAACCAUCUACUGAAUCGUCCACGGUACCAUCCACUGAACCAUCUACGACACUAUCUACUGAACCAUCUACUACACCAUCCACUGAAUCACCUACUACACCAUCCACUGAACCACCUACUAUACCAUCCACUCAACCACCCACUACACUUUCGACUGAACCAUCUACUGAACCGUCCACAGAACCAUCCACUGAACCUACUACUGAACCGUCCACAGUACCAUCCACUGAACCAUCUACUACACCAUCCACUGAACCAUCCUCGGAACCAUCCACUGAACCGUCCACAGAACCAUCCACUGAACCAUCUACUGAACCAUCCACUGAAACAUCCACUGAACCAUCCACUGAACCAUCUACUACACCAUCUACUGAACCAUCCUCGGAACCAUCCACUGAAUCAUCCACUGAACCGUCCACAGAACCAUCCACUGAACCAUCUACUGAACCAUCCACUGAACCAUCCACUGAACCAUCCACUGAACCAUCCACUGAACCAUCCACUGAACCAUCCACUGAACCAUCUACUGAACCGUCCACAGUACCAUCCACUGAAAUAUCUACUACACCAUCAACUGAACCACCUACUACACCAUCCACUGAACCAUCUACUACAACAACCACUGAACCAUCCACGGAACCAUCCACAGAACCAUCUACUGAACCAUCUACUGAACCGUCCACGGAACCGUCCACGGAACCGUCCACUGAACCGUCCACGGAACCAUCAACUGAACCGUCCACGGAACCAUCCACUGAACCAUCCACUGAACCGUCCACGGAAUCAUCCAUUGAACCAUCUACUGAACCGUCGACGGUACCAUCCACUGAACCAUCUAUUACACCGACUACUGAACCAUCCACUGAAUUAUCCACUGAACCAUCCACUGAAUCAUCCACUGAACCAUCCACUGAACCAUCCACUCAAUCAUCUACUACACCAACUACUGAACCAUCCACUGAACCAUCCACUGAACCAUCCACUGAACUAUCCACUGAAUUAUCCACUGAACCAUCCACUGAACCAUCCACUGAACCAUCCACUGAACCAUCCACUGAACCAUCCACUGAACCAUCUACUGAACCGUCCACAGUAGCAUCCACUGAAACAUCUACUAUACCAUCCACUGAACCGUCCACGGAACCAUCCACUGAACCAUCCACUGAGCCAUCCACUGAACCAUCCACUGAAUCAUCCACUGAACCAUCCACUGAACCAUCUACUGAACUAUCCACUGAACCAUCUACAGAACCGUCCACGGUACCAUCCACUGAACCAUCUACUACACCAUCCACUGAGCCGUCCACGGAACCAUCCACUGAACCAUCUACUGAACCAUCCACGGUACCAUCCACUGAACCGUCCACGGAACCAUCCACUGAACCAUCCACUGAACCAUCCACUGAACCAUCCACUGAACCAUCUACAGAACCGUCCACGGUACCAUCCACUGAACCAUCUACUACACCAUCUACUGAACCGUCCACGGUACCAUCCACUGAACCAUCUACUACACCAUCCACUGAGCCGUCCGCGGAACCAUCCACUGGACCAUCUACUGAACCAUCCACGGUACCAUCCACUGAACCGUCCACGGAACCAUCCACUGAACUGUCCACGGAACCAUCCACUGAACCAUCCACUGAACCGUCCACGGUCCCAUCCACUGAACCAUCUACGACACUAUCUACUGAACCAUCUACGACACUAUCCGCUGAACCAUCUACGACACUAUCCACUGAACCAUCUUCUACACCAUCUACUGAACCAUCUUCUACACCAUCCACUGAACCGUCCACUCAAUCUUCCUCAACACCAUCAUCUACUGAGACAGAUUAUAUAAGUACAACUACUACUUCUGAAGGACCCCCUUCAAAUUCUGAAAGAAGUGGGUUUUGGAAUCCAUACACAAUAACAAUGGUUAUAUUACUAAUAUUAAUUAUAAUCACUCUCGUUGCAGUCAUAUCUUAUUAUAUAGGUAAAAGAAGAUCACGGAGAUCGUCACAACUCAUUCUUCCAGAAUUUGAAAACCUUCCUAUACCGGCACUAAUACCAAGAGUUAGUAAAGUAACUUCUGAUUAUAAAUUAAGUUUAGAU